CUGCAAAUGUGUGUGCGCUUGGGGCCCAUGACUGUGAGCAGGUCUGUGUGAGCAACAGCGGAUCCUACCUUUGUGAUUGCUAUGAAGGCUAUGCUCUGAAUCCAGAUAAGAGAACCUGCUCAGCUGUGGACAUGUGUGCACCUGGAAGGCAUGAAUGUGAUCAGAUCUGUGUGAGAAAUAAUGGAUCCUAUGUCUGUGACUGCUAUGAAGGCUACACCCUGAAUUCAGAUAAGAAGACUUGCUCAGCCAUGGACAUGUGCGCACCUGGAAGGCAUGACUGUGCACAGGUCUGUUUGAAUAAUGAUGGAUCCUACAGCUGUGACUGCUAUGAAGGAUACACUCUGAAUGCAGACAAGAAGACUUGCUCAGCUGUGGACAUGUGUGAACCUGGAAGGCAUGACUGUGAUCAGGUCUGCGUGAGAGAUGAUCUGUCCUAUACCUGUGACUGUUACCAAGGCUACACCCUGAACCCAGACAGGAAGACUUGCUCAA